CAGCUGCGGCGUGGGUUGAGUUUUCUCGUUAAGCAGUGUUUUAGAUUUUUGACUGUGAAUGUCUUCGCGUGGCUAAGAGUCGCACCAACUCUGGCUUUUGAAGUGGGUACUAAACUUUCUAGGGUUUUGGUAUAUGUAUUUGAUUGAGGCUACAUCUGAAAACAAAAUAGGACAGACAAAGAAUCUCUUAUGAUUUCCAGAAAACGGUUGUUACGGCUAUGUUGUUGGUCUCUUUAGUAUAGCUUUUGUGUUGUGAUUUUGUAGUGGAAGGCGAAGGAUUAGGAUUUUUAUUUCAAACCUUGGCUUCAGCACAGCUCUAAAGCAUGGUGGUAUGCAUUUGGAUUAAGAAGACUUCAUAUCAUAGCCAAGAUAGCCAUCAAUGGAACACUUUGAGGCUUUAUUGGCUAUAAAAAGCUAUAUGCUUACGACCUUCAGGUGGGAGACGCCUGAAAUUUCAACCAUGUGAGGAAUUUCAGUCACUAUGGCUAAGACUGAUUAGGCCACUUGUCGAGGUUUUUUGCUUUUUCCAAGAAGUGAAUUUCAAGAUGUUUUAUGCGAGAUCCAAGUAUUUAACCGAGUGAAUGUGAGAAUGAUUAGUGAUUUGUGAGUUCUAUGGCCACUUGGCAAUGUUACUACACAACUCUUUUGGAGUCGGUUUGUACUGCGUCAGCUACAGCUGUUACAGGUAGCAUCAAAGGUCACACAGCAUAUAUGACUGGGCUCUUCUUUGCUAAUAUUACACCUAGCACAAUGGGCGCAUCUUCUCUGGAAACCCAUGUUUGACUAGAUUGUAGUUAUGAUGGGCAAUUGGUGCACCAAGGAUCACUACAAGAGCCUUAUGGAUGGCAGGCCCAGAUCCUGCAAAGCGUGGGAAUAUGAAAACAGAGAUCUUUUCAAAAGUACACUCGGUGGUUUGGUUCAUGUGAAUCUUCGUCUCAGUUUCAGCUUAGAGUUUAUAUCAUUCAUGUUGCACAACUUGAGAAGGGAUGCACCUUCUCCCAUGGAAACCGAUGCCACUAUCGUUUCGGAAGUAGAUACUGCUAGUAUUCCUCAAACAGAUACCACCCAUGCCCAGGAAACAGAGGCUGCUAUUCUCCCAGAAACGGAUGCGGCUAGUAUCCCUCAAACAGAGCAUGCUAUUAUCCCUGAAGCAGAGCAUGGUAUUAUCCCUGACACAGAGCACGAUAUUAUCCCUGAAGCAGAGCAUGCUAUUAUCCCUGACACAGAGCAUGAUGUUAUCCCUGAAACAGCGCAUGCUGUCAUCGCUGAAACAGAGCAUGCUACAAUCCCUGAAACAGAUCAUACUACUAUUCCUGAAACAGAUGAUGCUGUUAUCCCGGAAACAGAUAUGGAUUUUGUCCCUGAUUCAGAUAUGGCUAUUGUCCCUGCUACUCCCGCUACCCCUCUUGAUGAUGAGCAACCUGGUUCAGAGACACAGCCUAAUAAGCGCAGAAGAAAGAAAUCUAUUGUUUGGGAACACUUCACUGUAGAGACUGUGGGUCCUGGACAUACGAGGGCUUGCUGUAAGCAGUGCAAGAAGUCGUUUGCCUAUAUAACUGGCUCCAAGCUGGCAGGUACGAGCCACCUAAAACGGCAUAUUGCCCUGGGCAUCUGUCCCGUUAGCCGUCAGAGGAAUCAACUUCUUCCAUAUACAUCGGGUUCCAAGUCUGCUGGUGCUUAUGGAAGUGCAACUGAUCCACCAAAACGUCGGUACAGGACAACUCCUGCAAUAGCAAAUGUACCUCUCGACCAAGAGCGAUGCAGUCUUGAGAUUGCCAAGAUGAUUAUCAUGCAUGAGUAUCCUCUACACAUUGUUGAACAUCCAGGUUUCAUCGACUUUGUUCGGACUCUCAAUCCCAAUUACAAUAUGGUGAGCUUCAAUACUGUUCAAGGUGAUUGUGUAGCUAUAUACCUGAGGGAAAAGCAAAGACUUUUGAACCUCAUCAGUACAAUACCAGGAAGAGUCAAUCUGACACUGGAUCUUCGGACUUCAAACCAGAACCUAGGUUAUGUUUUCUUGACUGGACACUUCAUAGAUAGUGACUGGAAGGUGCAUCGCCACAUUCUUAAUGUUGUAAUGGUGCCUUAUCCCGAUUCAGAUCAUGCUUUUAAUCAGGCUGUUGUGGCUUGCCUAUCUGAUUGGAAUUUGGAAGGUAGGCUGUUCACCCUCACUGUUGAUCAGUCCGUCUCCAGCGAAGCUGUUAUUGCGAAUCUGAAAGGUUUGACCUCAGUAAAGAAUCCACUUUUGCUCAAUGGCCAGAUACUCAUUGGGAGUUGCUACGCACAUCUGUUAAGUGAUCUUGCUCGAGAUGCUUUUGGGUCAAUGGCAGGUACCAUUAAGAAAAUCCGUGAUAGUGUGAAGUAUGUGAAGACUUCAGAAGCUCACGAAGAGAAGUUUGAUGAGCUUAAGCAACAACUUCAAGUACCUAGUACGAAGGACCUGCUGAUUGAUGACCAAACAAGGUGGGAUACAACUUAUCAUAUGCUAGUAGCUGCGUGUGAGCUCAAGGAAGUAUUUGCCUGCUUCGAUGCAUCCGAUCCUGAUUAUAAGUUAACCCCUUCAAUGGAUGAUUGGAAGCAAAUAGAGACUCUCUGCUCUUAUGUGAAGAUUUUGUUUGAUGCCGCAAAUCUAUUGACUGGCCCGACAUACCCAACUGCCAGUACCUUCUUCCAUGAAGUGUCUAAACUUCAGCUGGAUCUCACACAUGCUGCAACGAGCCAGGACCCAUUUGUAAGCAACCUAAUCAAGCCUUUACAAGAAAAAUUCGACAAAUAUUGGAGGGGAUGCUGCCUUAUUUUAUCGGUUGCAGUAAUCAUGGAUCCAAGAUUCAAGAUGAAACUUGUAGAAUUUAGUUUCUCUAGAAUUUUUGGUGAGGAUGCUGAAACGUGGAUUAGAAUUGUUGAUGAUGGUAUUCACGACCUCUUUCUUGAUUAUUUUGCACCUGUACUUCCUCUUCCGGAAGCUCCAAUGGAGAAUGGCACUGAGAGCAUCAUAAAAACAGAGCUGCCAGAUGAAGGAAUGCCUCAGGAAGGAGUGUCUCAUGAAGAGCUGCCACAUGAUGGUACUGUCAUCUCCUUCGGGGACGGGCUCUCGGAUUUUGAUGUCUACAUUUCAGAGAUCUCUGGUGGCCAGCAGACAAAGUCCGAGUUAGAUCAAUAUUUGGAGGAGUCUCUUUUGCCGAGGGUACAAGACUUCAAUUUAUUGGGUUGGUGGAAAUUAAAUAACCUGAAGUACCCUAUUCUUUCCAAGAUGGCUGCUGAUGUUUUGUCCAUACCAAUCUCGAUAGUUGAUCCUGAUUCUAUCUUUGAUACCCAAAGCAGGAAGAUUGACAGUUACCGCAGUUCUUUGCGUCCGGUUACGCUUGAAGCUCUCGUUUGCGCCAAGAACUGGCUCCAGUCUGGAUCAUCCGAGACUUCUAGUGCAUAUAUGAAAGCUGAAGUCUAGGUUUAGAAUUUCAAAUAUUCUUGCCUGACUUUUUUAGUUUAGUUUAUCUUUGUGUGGAUGCUGAUUGGUGGAUUCUUGACUUUCGCUCGUAUUUUAGAUGGGUCCCCUUGCCAAUCAAAUUAAUCAUAGUAUUUUAGCAUUGUGCUUGCAAUU